AUGUCUUCCCCUUUUGGCCAGCAGAAUUUUUCCACCAAAAGCGCCGAAGUCACGCCAGCCUCCGAGGAACCCGCCGACCUGAACAAAACAAUCUAUGAAUACAGUGCUGAGGAAGAAAUGGAAGAAGAGGAGAUUGUUGCCCCAGUCGUGUCAUCACCAACAAAGAAUGAGACACCGGAAAAGAGAAUGAUGGGAUUCAAUAUUCAGAAAUCCCCUUCCCAAAAACAACAGGACUACAUCCAAGAACUGCGUCGGACCAUUAUGCGCCAAGGAAAAACGAUAUCAGAUUUGGAAUUUGACAAGGAUCACCUUGAGGAGGAGUUGAAAAGGAAAAAUGAGACAAUUAAGAAUUUGGAGCGAACGGAGAGAAUGGAUGAGGAGCUAGAAGAGGGUGAUGAAGCUGGAAUGAGGGCGGAGCUUAACAAGUUGAAGAAAAAACUGGAAAAGAAGAAGAUAGAGGCUUUGGAACUAAAGGAUGUCGUGGGUUUCAAGGACAAUGAAAUUGAAAAUCUUCGAAAUGAACUAGCGAAGAAGUUUAAGAGCACCGGUGAAGCCCCGCCCCUUUUCUCAGCUUUUUCGAAACAAAUCGAUGAAGAAGUGACCACUUUUAACAACACCCGCUCCGUUUUCUACAAUGUGAAAGAUGAAUUGGCGCGAACAAAAGAGGAAUUACAGUUUGCGAAUCAACAAAUAUCUAUGAUUAUUGAGACGAAUGAGUUGGAGAAGGCGGAGCUUGUGAGUAGAAAUGAGGAGGAGAAAAAGGGAAUGGAGGAGAGGAUUGAGGAGUUGAAUAAGACGAUUCAGUUGAUGUCGCAGUGGUGA